UGUUGCUUCUCUCCGCGCCGCUCUGCUCAGUUUCCGGCUUCUCCUCACAGCCUGUACCGCUCUCUGACAGAUCCUCGCGGGUCGCAGCACAGAUUUCAUAAAUUGACCCUUUUGUUUGUGAGCUGUCAGCAGCUUCCAACGGAGCCCACCCCACAUGCUAAACAGAGAUAGUGCCCAGGACAGCGGUGGAGGCUAGCUACUCCUCUCCGUCCGCCUGCCUCUCGUCUCCGCUCCACUCUCACUUUCUCCCCUCCGUGCUAACAUCAGCUAGUUAGCUUAGCAGGCUGCUUGUGUGAUAAACAAGAUGGCCACUGGUUAGCUCUGCUAGCUUGUUAGACAUGGCAUCUUGCCCUGUCUUUGUAUGCCAGAAAUGCGCGUUUAAAUACAUGUUCCUCCUCUGUCAUGUGGAGUUUUCUCCCCCGAUUGGAACAACCACCGAAACUAAACCUCCCCGCGGAUGAACCAGGGGAAGCGUUGUUAUUGUGAAGGCAUCCUCUGAGGGGUAAAUCACCGCCAGAUUGUGUUUGUUGCGGGAGGCUGCGUGGCGGGUUGAAAGGCUACCUGAGUGUUUGCAGAGACAGGUAACCCCUUCACAUUCAGCCCGAAGAGAGAGAGGACUGAGCGGGCACACCGGGGGCUGCAGCCGGGGCUCGAUAGGAAUGUAACGGUCUGUUUUUAGAGAAAAGUGAAGACUUGUCGGAAUUUAACGUUAACGGCUGAUACCAGCCUGCACACUUUAACGUGUGUGUGUGUGUGUGUGUGUGUGUGUGUGUGCGGGGUGGCCUCUGUAGCCACCAAGAGUAAGAACUGUUCUGAAACUCUUCUUCAGCAAAAGCAUUAUCACUUCAUUGUGAAAAAAACUGCACUACAUGUCCUGCGUUUAAAAUGCUGGUGCCAGUCCGGUGUGGGUGGUGACCACAGCAGUGAGGACACACUCUGAGGAACACGCCCCCCACCGACACUCAGGACGGGUACAUUUUUCUACAGGGGAGGGAGGAAGGACCAGGGCGGAGAAGGUUUUGGUCCCAAGCGCUACCCGAGGUGUUGUACCGCAGAUAGGUGAGGAGGAUCAGCCCCGCCCCUCACCAUGACGGACUUGGAGGCCGAUUGUUUGAGCCUCGGCCUGCCCCCUGAGUGCAGCUCCCCUCCCCCUUCCCUAGACGUCCCGGAGGUGGCCGAGCCUCUUGUGAUGCUGCCAUGCGUGAAGAGUGAGCCGGAGGACGGAGACCUGGAGCCCAUCUGCACCGUGGACCUGUCGGAGAUCCAGCCGCUGUCCACCGCCGAGCUGGGCCAUGAUCAGAUCAAGAUGGAGAUCAGCGGCCUCGACUACAUCAAGUCGGAGCACCACGGCCAUCACGGGGACCAGCACCUGGGCCACUUCACCCACAGCGAUGCCACGGAGCUGGACUACAAGUCCCACUACGAGCCCAGCUCCGUGUUUGACUACAUCUCCCAGGUAACGGACACGCUGGAGUACAUAAAGUCGGACCACCACGUGGACCUGCAGUGUUACUACACCACGGAGCUGAGCGGCCUGAAGUGUGAGUACCCCGACAACAUGUCCGGCCACCUGCCCCACAACGGCCUGGAGUCCAUCCACAUGGCCGAGCUGCGCACCGAACUCAACAAGCUGCGGCCCGACGCGCUGCUCUUGGAAGGCAUAAAGCUCGAACACGAGUUCGGAGGGGGGGCGUUGUACGAGCUGCAGCCGUCAGAGGUGGGGAAGUCAGCAGGGGAGGCGGCGGGGCAGGGAAGGUCGACCAAAACCCAGAACGCCACGUUGAGAAAAAAUCGCAACAUGCAGGGGGAGAAGCCCUUCUCCUGCACGCAGUGCGGGAAGAACUUCAGCACGUUGGGCAACCUGAAAACUCACCAGCGCAUCCACACCGGGGAGCGGCCUUACACCUGCUCGCAGUGCGGCAAGAGCUUCGGCCAGGCGGGGAACCUGAAGCGCCACCAGCUGAUCCACACGGGGCAGAAGCCCUACGUGUGCGCGCACUGCCCCAAAGGCUUCACCAAGGCCGACGACCUGCGCUCGCACCAGCGGUUGCACACAGGCGAGCGGCCGUUCAUCUGCGUCACCUGCGGGAAGAGCUUCGGCCAGUCCAAGGAGCUGAAGGCACACCAGCUGAGCCACACAGGAGAGCGGCCAUACUGCUGCCAGCACUGCGGCAAGAGCUUCACCAAGGAGUCCAGCUACCGCAACCACGUGCAGAUCCACACGGGCGAGAAGCCCUACACCUGCUCGCAGUGCGGCAAGACUUUCAGCAACUCGGGCGUACUAAAAACCCACGAAAAGAUCCAUUCGGGCGAGCGGCCUUUUGGCUGCACGCAGUGUGGGAAGAGCUUUGGCCGCCUUGGACACCUGAAGGCUCACCAGCAGAUCCACACUGGGGAGCGGCCGUACGCCUGCCCCCACUGUGGGAAGACUUUCAGCCAGUCGGGCCACCUCAAAGCUCACGAGCAGAUCCACAAGCGGGAUCGUGCCGACACGGCCAAUGGCGGCAGCAUCGGCAGCAGCAGCAGCAGCAGCAGCAGCAGCAGCAGCAGCAGCAGCAGCGGCAGUGGGGGGGGCAGCGACAGCAGCUAAACUCCACACCCUUUAACCUCUCGGAGAAACAAACAGGAUUAAAAAUCAUUCCAGUUUUUAGCAUCGUCGGGCUCCACAAGGACCAAAAAAAACCUGACGGCAGCACAAAGAGCCCGACUCACCGAUCGCUCACUGUGGACACAUCUUUAUUACCGCAUUCCUAAUAAAAUGUAAAAAAAAAAAAAAAGAAAGAGCGUCUUGUACUGGAAAAAGAUUAUUAAAGAAACUAAUGACAA